AUGUUUUAUACUUUGGAGUUAUGCAAACGAGUACAACGACCACACUUUACAAGCACCCCAAUGUCACAAAGCAAGCACUUUCUUAACACUAAUUCACGAAAGACCCGAUCUUCUAUAAAAGCAGAAUGUUCCGGAACUUUCCAUGCCGACAUUGAGAGGUUUGAUACAGAGUUGAAAUCUACUUUAAGCAAAGAAAUACCUUCAACUGCAACGAAAUCAACACGUAUCAGAACCAUCAAACAUAUUAAGCUUGAAGGUGACCACGAGAUUGGAGAUUCUGUUCCAGAAACACCAAAGAUCCCUGACAGCUUCUUUCCCAUGUACAACAAGAUCAAGGAAAUGAGAGAAAUGAUCACUACGCCAGUCGACCUUAUUGGGUGCGUGAGAAUACCCGCUUUAUUGAGACUGAUUACGUUGAAGUUCAAGGAAAAGGGAACAAUCGAGACUAUCGAAAUAACAGAAAUCCCAGGUUACAAACCACAACUAAAAGCUAUUGAAGGUGAUGACUCAAACAUUGACAAAAUAUGGAGAUUUCAACUACUUGUAACAUUGUUAUUCUCAUCGCAAACUAAAGACGAAGUUAAUUUCCAAGUCAUGCAAAGUUUACACCACCAUUAUUUAUCUUUAGGUUAUCAAGAUGGAUUGUGUAUACCUGCGGUUUUAUCAACUUCAUUUGCUGAACUCGACGAGUUGAUUUACAAAGUUGGUUUCCACUCUAGGAAAGCCUCUUAUCUACUGGAAACCGCAAAAGUUUUGAAUGAUUCUUAUAAUCAAGACGUCCCUGAUAAUAUCGAAGAGUUAGUCAAAUUAAAAGGCAUAGGCUAUAAAAUGGGGCAUUUGAUACUUCAAGGAGCUUGGAAAAAAGUAAUUGGGAUCAGUGUCGACACCCACAUGGUUAGGUUGUGUAAUAUGUUUGGUUGGCUGCCAAAACAUGAGAAAAACCCUGAUAAUGUUCGGAAAGAGCUAGAGAAAAUGUUGGUAAACCAUAGAGAUUUAUGGAGUGAAAUCAAUCCGGUUUUAGUGGGGUUUGGUCAAAGUGUUUGUACUCCCACUGGAAGAAGGUGUGACCUUUGUCUUUUAUCUAAGAUAGAUAAGAAAAAUGAUUACUUAUGCCCCGCAGUAGAUAAGAGGUUGCUAUUGCGUGUACAACGAGACGUGGAAACGUAUGACCGGAAGGUCAGAGGUGAUUUAGAAAAGCUUAUAAAAUACAUCAAUAGUUGA